CCGCAGCCCCUGAGCCCCCGCCAUGGAGCGCAUCCCCAGCGCGCAGCCCCCGCCCGCCUGCCUGGCCAAACUGCCCGCCCUGGACGGCGCGGACCUGCCGGGGCUGGACUUCGCGCACAUGUACCAGGUGUACAAGCCCCGCAGGGGGCUGAAGAGGAGCGAGGACAACAAGGAGACCUACAAGCUGCCGCACAGGCUGAUCGAGAAGAAGAGGCGCGACAGGAUCAACGAGUGCAUCGCGCAGCUGAAGGACCUGCUGCCCGAGCACCUCAAGCUCACGACCUUAGGUCACCUGGAGAAGGCAGUGGUGCUGGAGCUCACCUUGAAGCACGUGAAGGCACUGACCAAUCUCAUCGAGCAGCAGCAGCAGAAGAUCAUGGCUCUGCAGAGUGGUUUGCAGGCAGGUGACCUGUCAUCGAGAAACCUUGAUUCCAGCCAGGAAAUGUUUCGAUCGGGUUUCCAGAUGUGUGCCAAGGAAAUGCUGCAAUACCUGGCGAAGCACGAGAACGGCAAGGAGCUGAAGUCGUCGCAGCUGGUCAGCCACCUGCACCGCAUGGCCAGCGAGGUGCUGCAGGGCGGGGCCCCCCGCAAGGCCGGGGACAUCCCCCCCAAAAUGGUGGACCUGAAGGAGAAGCCGGUGCCCUUGGGCACGGCGGGCGAGGGCCACGGGAAGAACUGCGUGCCCGUGAUCCAGCGGACAUUCGCUCACUCCAGCGGGGAGCAGAGCGGCAGCGACACGGACACGGACAGCGGCUACGGGGGGGAGCUGGAGAAAAGUGACUCCAAACCCGAGCAGCCCUAUUUCAAAAAGGAUACCGACCUCAAGUUCGCCGUGCAGGAGAGAAUAAGCUCUAUUAAGCAAGAGACUGAGGACCCGCCGGCCAAAAGGAGCAGGCUGGAGUCGCCCGAGGACGAGGGCCCUUUCGGCAGCGACAUGAUGGGCUCUUCCAGCAGCUUCCUGGGCCCCCACGCUCACCAGCCUCCCCUGUGCCUGCCUUUCUACCUGAUCCCGCCGUCUGCCACCGCCUACCUGCCCAUGCUGGAGAAGUGCUGGUACCCGGCCUCGGUGCCCGUGCUGUACCCCAGCCUGCCGACCUCUGCCGCAGCACUCACGGGCUUCAUGAGCCCCGACAAAAUCUCCCCCCCUCUGCUGAUGCCCCAGAGACUCCCUUCUCCUGUCCCGGCCCAUUCCCCCAUCGACUCCUCGGCUCUGCUGCAAGCUUUGAAGCAGAUUCCUCCUUUGAACUUGGAAACCAAAGACUAAGUGCAGUGUGACUGGUUUUUUUCCUUUGUUUUCUUUUUUUCUUGUUUUUUUUUUUUUUUUAGUUUGAGACUGUUUCACUUUUCUAUAUUGGCUGGACUGAGGUGUGGGGAUAAAGUUCACUGCACAUAGGAAGCUAAAUCCCCUUUUCUCUGACCUGUCAGGUAGCUUGGAGAAGGAUGAAGGAUGCACCCAGCUUAGCGAUUCACAACUUCUUCCAAAAGAUUAAAAAGUAAAAAGAAGGGGUUUGUUCUUUACCCCUGCCCUUCUUCCCUCUCCACAUCUACAGAGCAACAGUUGACUCGGUCAGCUGUGACUGUACUGCAAAGCUGUGAAGAAAUAUUCCAUUGGGCAGACUUGGUUUGAGGGUCUGCACGUCCAGAAUACCCGAACGUGAAACACGGUACUUCCCUGAGCGGCUCCGAGGGCAACGGCUCUGCUGUCCAGGUCGAGCUGGACUGGUGGGUGCUGCACUGGUCACCGGGGUCUGAGUGACCCCAGGCGGGGUGUGGUGGUGGUGGCAAUGCCACCAGCAGCGUAGGAGGAGCAGGGCAGUGGUCACUGUGGUGGUGGCAAUGCCAC